UCCUGCACACCGCGCUCCCGCCCCGCGGCGUCCACCCCCGAGCCCCCUGGCCAGGUUACCAUGCUGGCGGGGCGGCCUGCUGCGCUCGAGGGGCUCUCCGUGCCUCCACUGCACCGCCCCCCGGAGGAGGGGUGCUGGGUGUCUGGGUGUCUACUCCUGCCUGUCUCUGCAGCAGAGCUUAGCAGAGUUCUCGGUCGGAGAAGCGCACCAGGCAGCGGCAAUAACUGCGGGCCCGGCGUACGGCAGCCAUCUUCGCGGGGCAGGGGGCCAGAUCGGGGCGCGCUGGGGUGGCGGCGGCGGCCGGGGACUCGGGGAGUGGAGGGACGCCCGUUGCCAGCCGAAGCAGGGGAUUAUGCGAACACCGGAGCGUCAGCCCUACUGGAGACCCCGGACGCCGCUGCGGUGCUGCCCCCUCAGCUGCGCAAACCUGCGCCGACGCGCCGAGCAUGCGCAGUGUCGGUGCUGCCCGUGUGCGCUGCCCGGCCACCCAGCCCCGCGGGCUGCCUCGUGGUAGGCUAGGG